CAAGACGUCCACACGACAACAACAAGAUGAAAUUGUUGGAAAUUGUUUACUUAUGGGAUGAAAACUGACUUACGUUUUUUGAAUAUGCAUUGUUAGUGCGGCAGCGUAGAGCGACUCAUAAUGUGGCCUACAACGUCUAACACUACCGGAUCGCGAGAGCGAUUUUCGCCCCAUACGCUCGAGAAAGCGGCAAAGACGAAGGUGUCUCUUCAGUCUUUCUAUUCCAAUCUUUUAGCUCAGCAUAAAGAUAGAAAGUCAAGACUGCGCUCCCUGGAGGCAGCCAUGGAAGAACAAGGUCUAACUGUGCAAGAGAAAGCGGAGAGGAGAGCACUUCAUGCGCAGAAGGAGACAGAAUUUUUGAGAUUAAAAAGAUCAAGACUUGGUAAAGAUGAUUUUGAUUCCUUAAAGGUGAUAGGAAGAGGAGCGUUUGGGAGGUCAGUUCGAUUGGUUCAAAAGAAAGACACAGGCCAUGUAUAUGCAAUGAAGAUUCUCAGGAAAGCCGAUAUGUUGGAAAAGGAACAGGUUGCUCACGUCCGAGCAGAAAGAGAUGUCUUAGCUGAAGCAGAGAAUCCUUGGGUUGUAAAGAUGUAUUUUUCAUUCCAAGAUACACAAUUCUUGUAUUUAGUGAUGGAGUUUCUUCCCGGCGGAGAUUUAAUGACGAUGUUAAUGAAGAAAGAUACCUUUACGGAAGAAGAAGCACGCAUGUACAUUGCUGAGUCGGUGUUAGCCAUUGAUUCCAUUCACACAUUGGGCUUUAUUCACAGGGAUAUAAAACCGGACAACUUGUUGCUGGACAGCAGGGGUCAUAUAAAACUGGCAGAUUUUGGCUUGUGUACCGGUUUGAAGAAAGCACAUCGCACUGAUUAUUAUCGUGAACUUCAACCUCAAGAUAUGCACGAUUUCGUCAACGAUCCGAUGGAUUCCAAGCGAAAGGCUGCCACAUGGAAACGCAUGAGAAGGGCUUUGGCAUAUUCGACAGUGGGAACGCCCGACUACAUCGCUCCAGAAGUAUUCCAACAAAACGGUUACACCAAGACAUCUGACUGGUGGAGUUUAGGUGUAAUAUUAUACGAAAUGUUGAUUGGUUAUCCACCUUUUUGUUCAGAAGCACCGCAAGAAACGUAUAGAAAGGUAAUGAAUUGGAAGGAGACUUUGGUUUUUCCUCCAGAAAUACCAAUAUCACACGAAUCUACGAAUCUUAUUCAAAGACUUUGUUGUGAAUGCGAAGACAGAAUCGGGACGAAUGGCGUCGAUGAGAUAAAACAACAUUCUUUUUUACGUGGAGUUGAUUGGCAACAUAUAAGAGAUCGACCUGCUCCUAUUCCUGUUGAAGUUAAGAGUAUCGACGAUACUUCAAACUUCGACGAAUUUCCUGAUUUAGAUAUGAAUUUCCAACCUUCCAACAGUUCAUCAAAGGCACAAUCGAACAAAAAAGACUGGGUCUUUCUUAACUACACCUUCAAGCGAUUUGAAGGUCUUACCCAACGAGGCAGGCCUCUUGGGUUCCCCAUGUAAAAUAGACUACUUUCAAUUGAUAUUAUGUUGAUAUUAGCACUGUGUAAUUUAUAGAAUUAUGGUCAGUCUUGUAACUAUUCCCCCUGUUAGUGUCCAUCAGAAUUACACUCAUUCUGAUUGAACUCGACUCCACUGAAAUUGGAGAAUAUGUUUUUCUAAAGAAAAAGUCAGAAUUCUUCUUCAAUUUUGAAUUGAACGACCGACAUAGUUUCUUCAUAUUUAUCACUAGACUAUAGGAAAUUUCAUGCGCUCGCUUGUAUAUUACUUUAAUUAUCAAUCUUCGAAAGACACUAAUUUAAUUGAUCAGCUGUUAAAUAGCUAGCUAUUGAUGUUGAAAUUUGAUGUAUAUAUUUCGAGCGUCGAA